CUUCUUCACACCCGAGCCCGACCGCUGUGCCGUCGUCGCCGAUCUCGACGGCCGCCGGCGCUCUGAGUCCGACGCCAUGGCCGCCGCCGCCCCGCCUUUAGGACCCGAGGGCUCCUCUCUACCGGGCCUCCUCCCCAGGCCCCCCGUCGCAAUCUCAUGGGAUUCCCAAGCACUACACAGCCUUGCAGAAAAAAGCGAGGUGGAAUCCAAGGCAUGCGUCAUUGAUCCUGCUCUGCUUCCAACCCUUGAGGAUGUACUGCUGGAAAUGUAUGCAUCAUUGCAGCCAAAGCCUGUCGACUAUGAGAACCGACAGGUUAUGAUCGAUGUCUUCAACAAAAUCGCCCAACAGAUUUUUGUUUGGUGUUUCUUUUCAGGUAAAAAGGAUGGGUUUCCAGUUGUGGAAGCAUUCGGAUCAUUCACAAUGGAUCUAUUUACUCCUGAAAGUGACCUUGACCUUUCGGUCAACUUUAAUACUGAUACCAAGGAUCUGUAUCCUCGCAAGGACAAGAUUAAUGCUAUUAGGAAGCUUACAAAAACCCUAUAUUCUCAUCAGAGAAAUGGUCGUUGUUAUGGGGUUUUACCUAUUUCAACUGCUAGAGUUCCUGUGUUGAAGGUUACUGAUCAGGGAACUGGUCUAGACUGUGAUAUUUCAAUAGAAAACAAAGAUGGCAUGUCAAGAUCAAUGAUUAUUAAAUUUAUUUCAUCAAUUGAUGAAAGAUUCCGGAUACUUUGUUAUCUGAUGAAGUUCUGGGCCAAGGCACAUGAUGUUAACAGCCCCAAAGAUCAAACGAUGAGCUCAAUGGCAAUUAUUUCUUUAGUUGCUUUCCAUUUACAGACCCGGCGCCCUCCGAUAUUGCCUGCAUUUUCUGCCAUAUUGAAAGAUUUUGCAAGUAUCCAGAAGAAUGUCUCACUAUUCAAAGGUUUUGGGAGUAGCAAUAAAGAAGCUAUUGCUGAACUUUUUGUAUCAAUGAUGAUUAAACUAGUAUCAGUGGAGGGUUUAUGGGAGCAAGGGCUCUGUGCCAGCAAUUUUGAAGGAUCAUGGAUAUCAAAGACCUGGGCAAAAGGUGUUGGCAACUUGAGUGUUGAGGACUUCUUGGACCACUCACAGAAUUUCGCCAGAUGUGUAGGGAUAGGGCAGAUGCGGAAAAUCUGUGAAUGCCUAAGGGCUACUGUAUCUGAUUUGAGCAAGUUCUUUAUGGGUAAAAUUGCUGCGCCCGAGCUAAAGGCCCUUUUGUUUGGGCCUUUGAACCAGAUUAAGCCAGUCACUGACCCCAGCCAGAAAACUGUAAAGAGGAAGUGUGUUAAUCCAAACAAGACAAGCACAGCUAAGAAGAAGAAGAAGCCCCUUGAGCAGGAUAAGGCAGUCAUUUCUCCCAGCCAGAAAGAUGACAGGAGAGAAAAGCCCCUUGAGCAGGAUAAGUCAGCCAUUUGUCCUGGCCAGAAAGAUGAUAAGAAGAAGAGCGGCAACAUGGGGCGUGACUCGGGAAGCAGUCAUGUGCUACAAAAGAAAGUGAAGGCUACUGUAUACACUUCUAGUUCACGGCCUCCCAGUGUUUCUGUCCCUCCUCAAAGAAUGCAUCAGGCAGUACUCACCAGGCCAAUCAUUAAUCAGUUUGCGCAUUUACCUCAGCAUAUGAUCGCCCCUCCCGCUUUUGGUUAUGGGUUGCCACCCCCGCAUUUGCACUCAGCUUAUCAUCACCCUCAUCAGGGAUUGCUAGGUCGACCACAGGGUGAUUUCCUUCAUGUGUAUCCUGGGAUUCAGCUGCAGCAUCAAAGCCAGGCUAUGUUUGGUCCUCCAGCAGCCCACCAUCCGGUGCUCAAUGGGCUUCACCCGUAUGGUACCAAUGGUGCUCAGCAGGUGCAGCGUAUCGACAAUAGGCUGGUGCAGAGGCCACCGUAUGGAAUGGGUCCGGGUUUCUGGAGGUGACUCUUGCAGUUUGGGAAAGUAGAUAGCUAGCUGGUGGGCUUCCGAUUGAGGCAAAAGAUUAAAGAUUGUUGUUUUGUAACUAGCAGGUGCGAUUGUGUUUGUAACUGUUGUGAAAAAGAAAAGUUGUAAGGUGAGAAUGGAAAGCUGUAAGAUGAUUAGGUCUUAGUUUAAGGUGUUGAUUCUGUCAAAGCGUCUUGUCAUUAUCUGGGAUGUGAGAUUCUGUGUUGCAAAGCGUAACCAUCCCAAACUGCAAUGAGCCAAUGCCAUAAGUGAUGAAUACAUGCAGAGCUGAGGCCUUUGGAUCUGA